UAACUCUUCAUUUUUAGACUGUACAAAAUAUCUGGUCGUAACGACGUAACUAUGAAAUGGCAUUUUUCUAUUUUCUUCGUAGUUGUUUGCUUUACUCCCUUUUCUCUCUUCUUGCCUUGAAGGCAAAAGGUUUCGUAAACUCACAAUUUACGGGACAAACCUCGAGAAAGUGGCGACGGUAGGAUGCGGGUAGUGCACGAUCAAAAUCGGAGAGUGCUGGUUAUCCACGAAAGCAGUUUUUGAAACAAAGGACUUCAUCAUCAGUAGACGUGUGCACCUCAUUCGACAUACGUCUUGGCGUUUUUGUGAGCCGGCGAGAUGCCUGCGGCAAUUGUGGAUGCGGGACUUGGUGACUUCGAGACAAUUUUGAAGACAGCUGAAUUGCAGGGACCAGGUGUGCUGCUGCUUCUGUUUCUCGGUGACCGCAUUGCUUCGGUGGGCAAAAGCUGGUGUCCUGAUUGUGUGAGGGCGGAGCCUAUCAUUUACAAACUCGUGAACGAGAGUGAGAGUCCCGUGACACUGGUGCGUGUUUAUGUGGGCGAUAAGCCAACAUGGCGUACCUCUGACCAUCCUCUGCGCUGCGAUGACCGCUUCAAGCUGAAGGGUGUCCCAACCUUAAUUCGUUGGGAGAAUGGAGCAAUCUCAGGUCGUCUGGAAGAUUACGAAGCGGACAAGGAGAUGAAAAUCAAGGAGCUUCUGAAGUCAAGUGAGGUCCAGACCAAAACCAUAUAGCUGCACGAGCAGCAUUGAGCCUAUUGGAAUAGCCUUGAAUGUGGGGAUUGAUUGCUUUGUAUGAAGAUGUGAAUACUAUCUUUGAGUUUAGUGCGUCCACUGCUAUCACAAGUGAUGGUGGUCCUCCCAAUCUGCUCAACCAACGAACGCAUGGUAGAAGGGUAGAGUUGCAGAUCUACAAUAUAAUGAACUGGAGGGAUUUCUCAUGGGCUCUUUACUGAAUCAGGCACGUGCGGUAGCACUUAAACAGCUCCAAAACGUGGUGGAUAGCACAUCCAAGUGUUGACAGAGAGAUGGGACAUGAAAGGGCAGUUUGGGCAUGUUCUGUAAUAGCUUAUCAAUAAGAAUACUAGGCUAAUUGUCUUGUCAUUCACCGGAGUUGACUACACUGAGGGUUUUUAGUUCUCAAUUCCAUUGUUCACAGUUUGAAUCGGCCUUGGGAUUGCCGAGGGCUAACAGAAUGCACUAGCUGUAGAGCCUGCUGCAAAUUGUGCUGCACCUUUACAUCUUCUAGAGUUUUUGCA